AUGGAUGCAGCCGCAAUGGUAGAUCUCGCUCUCAAUUGGACUACCGUACCUCCUCAACGAAUCUGCGAAGUUCAUGCUCCUUUGCCUCGUAGUCCCCUGAAGAUGAGAAAACAUGCAUCCGAGCAGCUUCGUAUAGAAACCGAUGGAUGCGUUGGAAGUAGUAAUGGUGACCGUGGAGUCGUUUACCUGGAACAUGUUCAAGCCAAAGUGAGUCUAAUCUCUUUUCACUUUUGA